AAUGGAAUCCGGAAAUGAGGAUUGUUAUUAUCACGUUUUCUUCGUCUUCGAUUCCUUUGGCCAAGGCGGAGGGUAGCGUAGCUGCGGGUGCAACAGAGAAAGGCUUUAGCAAAAGCGGGGAGCCGCUUUGUUUCUGAAUGACUUCCCAUUGAGUCUGAAAGCUGUAGCUGAUGAGUUUUUCUUACCAAACCCUAUCUUGACACUUUCUUGUCCAAGGAAGCAUUCCUGAUGUGAACUUAAGCUGGGGAGGAGCUUGCUGAGAGCAGUAGAGGACAUGAUUUUCAUAGGCUGGAGGCAGCUGAUACGCUUAUGUAGCAGACACAUCUUCAGUACAAGUCUAAAGCAAAAGGAUGGAAGCAGCUGUUCACUUUGGAAGUGCUACCACCAGAAGACUUCAGGGAGUCUCCUGGAUCCAGAGAUGAGACUGUUUUUGGAGGAGAACACGGAAGUCAUCAGCAGUGGGAACCUGACACCAGAAAUAACGUUAAGACUUCUGACUCCUCGCUGUCGAUUUUGGCAUAACAAGGCUGCCUUAUGGCCAUAUGGGGACCCCUACUGGGCAAUCUAUUGGCCAGGAGGCCAAGGACUAGCCAGAUACCUUCUCGAUAACCCCGAGGUUGUCAGAGAGAAGAGAGUCCUCGAUCUUGGAAGCGGUUGUGGAGCAACGGCCAUAGCAGCCAUGAUGAGCGGCGCAUCGCACGUUGUUGCCAACGACAUUGAUCCUGUUGCAGGAGCUGCCAUGCUGCUGAACUGUGAAUUGAACAACCUGAAUCCUUUCCCUGUUCUCACAGAGAACCUCAUUGGUACAGAGGUAGACAACUGGGAUCUUAUUAUCCUAGGGGACAUGUUUUACAGUGAAGCUCUUGCAGACAGCCUUCAUCAGUGGCUGAAAAACCACAUCCAGACUCACAGGACUAAAGUGUUAAUUGGAGACCCCGGCAGGCCCUAUUUUGUGUGCCACAAAAUUCAGAAGCAGCUUCUGAAAGUCAGUGAGUACGACCUCACCAAAUCAACUCAGCAAGAGAACAAUGGGUCCACCAGUACUGUGGUUUGGGACUACCAGCCUUGACUCUCCAUGGACCUCAAGUGCAGAAAUACUGGACUAUAUUGCAUGUCACUUGAACCACUAAAAGCCCCAUUUUGUGGCAGUUCAAAUUCUGACUGGUGCCAAUACAUACUAUACUGCCUAUAUGCAUUCUAUAAGCAUGCAUACAUUCUGUAUAUUUCAAGGACACAGCAUGGUUUGUACCAGCUGAAGGUGGCAUUUGCGCAGACUGGGACAGGAGUAAUAAAAGAAAGCACUUUGCCUUACAAUUCCCACUUUAUUCAAUGGAAAUUAUGUGUGCAUGCCAAUACGUGGCUGAGUUUUAUUCUUUAGAAAUAUAAAGAAGAAAACUGUUUUCAUUGAAGUCUUUUACUUGCAGAGGAUGGGUGUAUCAGUAGUUGCUGAUGUUGAUUAAAAAUGUAAAAACCUAUCUCACUUGUAAAAAAUUGAUAAACCACCUCUUUGUGACAGCUCAUAUGGAGCUUUGGUUACAUUGGAAACUGCAAACAGAUGUACUAUCUGCAAGUGGUAUGUGUUGUGUCCCACAGGCCUACAUGCAGAUCUUGGAUGAGUGGUUUACUGAGACCUCGAAAGACCCAGUUGAGGGAUUCCAAAUGAUCAGUUGUAAAGCUUUAUUAUUGAGAGACUUACAACGCAAUACAGAGAUUCUCGCUGUUGCAAUUCGGGACAGACUCCGCACACAUGGGGCAGGAGGUUUAAAUUUUAAUCUCCAGAUUUAAUCCUUGAUCCAUCUCCUACACUGUAGUGUAGACUAUCUAAGCGUCAAUAUACUUAUUUUAACAAACAUGCUGGAAGUAUUGUCAGCCACAUUGUAGUCACUCUUUCAGUAUUCACUUUCAUGAACACUUUUGAAGUGUUGGAACGAGCAGAUAGCGACCAGUUUCCAAUAUCAGUGACCCAAUGUCCUUUAACAGAAUGCAUAUCAACAACCAAAUCUGCAACAGUGUGUGGAGAAUUAUAAGGCAUGAAAAGACUGAAAUGGUCUCUCAGAUUGGGCAGCAAUAUCCAAGAGGCACUAUUUAGUCAUCACCUGACAAACUUGCAUCAACAUUUUAUGAAGAAAUCUCCAAAUCUUGUUCAUGUCUUCUAGCAAAUUGUCACAGAACUCGGGCCCUAUUUGAUAACUUCUAUAAUUAAUAAAUACACACAAUCAACACAACUUGGCUGGUUUGACAGUCAGUGCAAGGCAGCUAAUACCGUACAAGUUCCGGCUAGGGCAGGCUUCCUCAGCCUCGGCUCUCCAGAGGUUUUUGGCCUACAACUCCCAUGAUCCCUGGCUAGCAGGACCAGUGCUCAGGGAUGAUGGGAAUUGUAGUCUCAAAACAUCUGGAGGGCCGAGGUUAAGGAAGCCUGGGCUAAGGCAAUUCAGGAUUUGUGUAUGAAUCUGUAAGAAGAAUCCAUAGAAAAUUUGAUCAAAUGUAGAUUGAAAUACAAGAGUCUGCUUGAAAACAGGAAAGCUGAAUAUAUGAAAACCCAGUGGCAGGAAUUGGGACUAGGAGUAAUGGACCAGAGGGUUGUCAGUAAUGGAACAACAGAAAGUUAUCAGACCAAACUCUCACCAGUUUGUUUAAGAAAUGCCUUAAUUGAGCUGCAGUUCCAAGUGAUGCCCUCUGCAGCUGGAUUUGUAAAGAAAAAGCAAUUGAUAUGUGUUGUAUAUGUGAUAUAACAUUGUGCCACCAGAUAGCACUAUGGAGUCCUGUUUUUCUCUACCCGUUUUCCCUGUUUAAAUUUACAACUCAUAUAACUGAAACGCUUCUUUGAUGUGUCCUGAUUCAGUCUUGGAUGGAAACUGCACAAGGUCCCAUUCUCAGUCAGACUUUGUAUUUGUGGAAGACAUCACUCAUUACCUUCUAGUUGCCCCUUAAAUAGAGGUCACUUUCUGAAACCUUUGUUCUCACAAGCAAGCAGGUAGGCCCCAAUAGAAAUGAUCUGGUUUCUUUUGAACGUCAGUAAUAGCUUAGUUACAGGUAGGUAGCCGUGUUGGUCUGAGUCGAAGCAAAAUAAAAAAAUUCCUUCAGUAGCACCUUAAAGACCAACUAAGUUUAUAUUUUGGUAUGAGCUUUCGUGUGCAUGCACACUUCUUCAGAUACACUAAUAGCUUAGUAACACAUUACUAAGUAAUACAUUACUCUACACAUUAGCUGGAGAAAAAAAUCAGGAAAAAUGAGUCCGAUAAAAUCACUAUAAAUUGUUGUGAUUUGGAGCUUUAAUCUUGAAAUCCAAGUUGAAUUUGAGUUUGUUGGUGUCUCUGGUAACUCUUUCACCCUGGAUGUUGCCUUAUAUUAUGGGCAUAUGUUCUUUAUUAUUCUAUUAAUACUAUUGCUACAAGUCUGCCAUGGACUUUGGCCUGAAUAAUAAACUUGCGAACUGAACCUCAUUCACCCACCUGUCAGAUGGGGGAAUAAGUGGGAAGCAUCUAGGUUGCACGAAUAACUCCCAACUCCCUAGGCCAGCAGCUAAGCUCCCAAAGCAAGCAGAUAAGCAUAUGUGGGAUGGCUCUGCAUCAAGCACCAAUACGUUUCAGGGUUAUACUGACUACCAUGAUGGCCUUACAAAUAUGGUUCUUGGCAGUGACUGCUAAAUUUACACAACACUGCUGAGUGAUGCAUGGAGAAACAAAAGGAUACUUUUGAUGCCGAUUGGUUUACGUCUUAUUAACUACAGGUAGGUAGCCAUGUUGGUCUGCCGUAGUCAAAACAAAAUAAAAAUAAUCCUUCCAGUAGCACCUUAGAGACCAACUAAGUUUGUUAUUGGUAUGAGCUUUUGUGUGCAUGCACACUUCUUUCAGAUACCUUCAGAUACCUCUUUUAUUAACUGUCACCCAGAGGAACCCAGAACCACUAUAACUCAUAUAUCUUUUUGGCUUCAGUUAUUUAACUUAACAUGCUAUUAUUAUCUGCCUAAUACACAUAAUGCCUGUAUUAUUUCAUGUUAUUCUGAAUAAAAAUCAUCUCAUAAAAAAUGUAAAAUCUACAUCAGGGCAAUAACCAGGACAACCAACCUGCCAUAAAAUAGCAUGCAGGCUUUGACUUCUACAGAAUGUUUUAUCAGAGGAGGGUGUGUGGGAUAGAGUUGGUUCCUGUCAAAGCCACAAGGAUGUACGGUAUAUCUUCUCACAAUCUCAAGAAAGAAUGUGUGGUGUUGUUGUUUAGUCGUUCAGUCGUGUCCGACUCUUCGUAGGUUUUAUAUUAACAAAGCUAGAUGUUAAUUUUAGGUGGCAUGCUAGGUAAAAAAGCAAAAAAACAAAAGUCAAAUUGGGUAGUUUUACUUAGUACCGGUACUUGGAGUGUUCCAUCAGAGAAUAAAGUCCUAUCUUUGGGUAGUAUAAGUCCAGUUUGCAGCCAGGUGUUGAAUGGUUGAAUUCUGUAUUAUCCAAGUCAUUAAAAAAUGCUAGGUGCUUUUAUUAAAAAUAUAGCUACCGUAAGUGGGAUCUCCAGAUUCAGAGACAGCAUAUCUCUGAAAGCCAGUUUGGG